AUGAAUCCUUGUGUUAUUCACCAUUCAGAUAUUCCUUCAACUUCAACUGUCCUUGUUACCCCUUUACUUACUGGUAUUAACUAUGAUUCAUGGAGACGCGCAAUAAAAAUGGCACUUCAUGCAAAAAAAUUAGGUUUUAUUGACGGGUCACUUACCAUUCCGAAGAAGAAAGAAAACAUUCAUAAAUGGCAACGUUGCAACGAUUUGGUUGCAAAUUGGAUUCUUAACUCGGCUUCAACCGAGCUUUGUCCCAACAUUUUGUAUGCUAAAACUGCAGCACAAAUUUGGUCUGCUCUGAUAGAUCGAUUCUCUCAAUCAAAUGCUCCUAAAAUAUAUCAAUUGAAACAAUCAAUUUCUUCCCUCAAACAAGAAGGCGUGUCUGUCAAUCUUUAUUUCACUCAACUCAAAACUCUUUGGGAUGAACUCAAUUCUAUUGCGCCUGUUAGUCCUUGUAUCUGUGGUAAUGCUAAAAGCAUUCUUGAUCAGCAGAAUCAAGAUCGUGCCAUGAAAUUCCUUAAAGGAGUUCAUGACUGUUUUUUGGCUGUCCAUAGUCAAAUUCUUCUAAUGGAUCCAUUUCCAUCAAUUCAGCGUAUCUAUAAUCUAGUUCCUCAGGAAGAAAAACACGAAGAGAUCAGUUUUCGCCCUCUCCUUGCUGAAGAAUCAGUUGCGCUCCAUACCUCUAAAAUACCAUAUCGCACUCAAGGAAAAACGUCAGCGUCCUUACUGUGA